CAUCCCAAGCCCCCAAUGCAUGCUGGGAGUUGCAGUCCCUUUUCUAAAGGCUGGGGCGGCCGUGAGGUCAUCGGUGGUCGCCAGGAGCCUCCAGCACGUGGCAAGGAAAGGGCGGUGUGCGCCCGCUGUUGGCACCUGGGAGGGGGCCGGAGCUGCCGGCGCGGCGCUUGCUCCUCCCGCCGCGGUGCCCUCCCGACAUGCCGGAGGAGGCGGGUUUCCCGCCCGCCAAGAGACUCCGGCCGGGCUCUGGGCCUCCGAGCCGCGCUGGGUCCUUCCCUCCCGGGCGGCGAGUGGUGAUGCUGCUGACGGCGGGCAGCGGCGGCAGAGGUGGAGGAGGAGGCCGGAGGCAGCAGCCGCCCCUGGCCCAGCCCUCAGCCAGUCCCUACCCUGAAGCCGUGGAGCUGCAGCGCCGGAGUCUGCCCAUCUUCCAGGCGCGGGGGCAACUGCUGGCCCAGCUCCGAAACCUGGACAACGCGGUCCUCAUCGGAGAAACUGGCUCUGGGAAGACAACUCAGAUCCCUCAGUACCUCUAUGAAGGCGGGAUCAGCCGCCAGGGCAUCAUUGCUGUGACCCAGCCUCGGCGAGUGGCUGCCAUCUCUCUUGCUACUAGAGUCUCAGAUGAGAAGAGAACUGAACUCGGGAAGCUGGUUGGCUAUACAGUGCGCUUUGAUGAUGUCACCUCAGAAGACACUAGAAUCAAGUUUCUAACAGAUGGCAUGCUUCUGCGGGAAGCAAUUUCGGACUCCUUGCUUCGGAAGUACAGCUGUGUCGUUCUGGAUGAAGCUCACGAACGGACUAUCCACACAGAUGUGCUCUUUGGCGUGGUGAAAGCUGCACAGAAGAGGAGAAAGGAACUGGGGAAACUGCCUCUGAAAGUGAUUGUGAUGUCAGCUACAAUGGAUGUGGACCUGUUCUCUCAAUAUUUCAAUGGCGCCCCCGUCCUCUACCUAGAGGGUCGGCAGCAUCCAAUCCAGGUGUUUUACACCAAACAGCCUCAGAAUGAUUACCUGCACGCCGCGCUUGUCUCAGUCUUCCAGAUCCACCAGGAAGCCCCUUCUUCACAGGACAUCCUGGUGUUCCUCACUGGUCAGGAGGAGAUCGAAGCCAUGAGCAAAACCUGCCGCGACAUUGCAAAGCACCUCCCAGACGGCUGCCCUGCGAUGCUGGUCCUUCCUCUGUAUGCCUCCCUGCCCUAUGCACAGCAGCUCCGAGUCUUCCAAGGGGCCCCAAAGGGCUAUCGCAAAGUGAUCAUUUCAACCAACAUCGCUGAAACCUCCAUAACCAUUACAGGAAUAAAAUAUGUAGUUGACACGGGCAUGGUUAAAGCAAAGAAGUAUAACCCUGACAGUGGUCUUGAGGUAUUAGCAGUGCAGCGGGUAUCGAAGACCCAGGCUUGGCAGCGCACAGGGAGGGCUGGCCGAGAGGACAGUGGCAUCUGUUACCGGCUCUACACGGAGGAGGAGUUUGAGAAGUUUGAUAAGAUGACUGUGCCAGAGAUCCAGAGGUGUAACCUGGCCAGUGUCAUGCUUCAGCUUCUAGCAAUGAAAGUCCCAAAUGUGCUCACCUUUGACUUCAUGUCCAAGCCAUCUCCAGAUCACAUUCAGGCGGCCAUUGCCCAACUGGACCUGUUAGGUGCUCUUGAACAUAAGGAUGACCAGCUUACCCUGACUCCAAUUGGAAGAAAGAUGGCAGCAUUUCCUUUAGAACCCAAAUUUGCCAAAACCAUCCUUAUGUCCCCCAAAUUCCACUGUACAGAGGAGAUCCUGACCAUUGUCUCCCUGCUGUCUGUGGACAGCAUCCUCCACAACCCUCCUUCCCGGCGGGAUGAAGUACAAGGGGUCCGGAAGAAGUUCACAUCCAGUGAAGGGGAUCACAUUACUCUGCUCAAUAUCUAUCGGACCUUUAAAAGCAUAGGUGGAAAUAAGGAUUGGUGCAAAGAGAAUUUUGUCAACAGCAAGAAUGUGAUACUGGUAGCUGAAGUCCGAGCACAGCUGAGGGACAUCUGUUUAAAGAUGUCAAUGCCAAUCAUGUCAUCCCGAGGAGACAUGGAGAGUGUCCGCCGCUGCCUGGCUCACAGCCUCUUCAUGAGCACUGCCGAGCUUCAGCCAGAUGGUACCUAUGCCACCACGGACACCCACCAGCCGGUGGCCAUCCACCCCUCGUCUGUCCUCUUCCACUGCAAGCCGGCCUGUGUCGUGUACACUGAGCUGCUCUAUACCAACAAGUGCUACAUGCGGGACCUCUGCGUCGUGGAUGCAGAGUGGCUGUACGAGGCUGCCCCUGAGUACUUUAGGAGGAAGCUGAGAACUGCCAGAAACUGAGCCUCCCCAGGAUGCUGCCAGAAUUGCUGGUCUCUGGGAGUCUGGACUACGGUUGUCCUCACAGCAGGCUUCCAGGUUGGCACUUAGAGAAGCCUUGGAAUCAGCUGACCGUGCCUAACUUCCAGGAGCUUGAAAGCAUCUUUGCUUCAAUGACUAGGACUGAACCUUGUAGACAUGAACAUAUCAUUUGUACCUGGAAACGUCAAAAUUAUGCUUUUGGCUCUUACUGGGUGACUUUGACUUAAUUAACACCUGAGCCGCAGUUUUCUCAUCUGCCAAAUGGGAGUAAUCAUAUUAAUAAUACUUACAAAAUUGGGUUCAUAAAGUUCAGAGAAAAUGAAUGGAAAGUACCCAGAACUAUGCCCGGAGCACAACACACAUGCAAUGAGUUGGUAGCCAGUCUGCUUAAUGUUCCUGCUUUCCAUGUGAUGUGAAUUAACUACAACAGCAUCCCAAGUUCUCGUGACUGAGGAGGAUUUUCUGGAAGGGCCACAGGAGGUUGCAGAGCUUAGAUGUUGUCCUUGGUUUUUGUUUAAUGUCUAUCCGUAUGCAGUUUUAAAAUAGAAAAAAAAAACAACUGACUUCUGUAGAAGGUUCCAGAGGGAGGUGCUAUUAUCUCUUACCUCCUGGGAUGGCAAUCCCUAAUGAACGGUUAUGUCUCAGGGGGUGGACUGCUCUGUGUCUGUCUCCAAGCAGAGGCCAGUAAAAGAUCCUCCUGGUCCUUGGUGCGUGUCCCUGUCACUGCUUUCAGGAGACGUGUAAGCUUCCUGAAUGAAGGUUGAUUCAUACCUUCUGAAUCAUGUCAUGUGUAGACAUGGGAAACAGACCUUUCGGUGUUUGGUGUGUGUAGGUGACUCCCACAUACAUAGUUGCCAUUUUUUUCUCUAGGCACCAGUGAACAUGUGAGCAUGAGUGACUCUGUGGACCAUUUCAGCUGUUUCUUUUUGGUCAGAGCCCCUGGUCAGAGGUGAUGGGGGUGGGGCAGGGAAGAAGGGUACAUAGUGAGAACCCAGAGAGCACUGGCUUAUGCCAGACACCACACCACAUCUGGUCUUAUAUUCUUGUAUCUUUUUUGAGGGAUAGUGGGGUGGUUCAGUGAAGACUUGAAGACCUGCCGGACAAAUUCUUAAAAAGCUAGAGCUGGAACACUUACUCUUGCAUCUUAUUAAUUUUCUGUGAUUUUUUUUUUCCCUUCUUCUUAGGGUCUUGGGGACAAUCUGGCUUUGCUGCUUUCUAACUGCUAGGCACCUCUCUCUAACCCUCAUUGUCAGAGGGAAUUAGAGGAUCUCCACAGUCUCUUCCUGUUAUGAUAUUCUGAGCAGAGAAAAGGCAUCGUCGGUUCCCCUUGGCUAUUUAAUAUUCAAAAGUAAGUCAUCUUUCCCCAGAUAAUGUUUUGCCCUAGAACAAACCGAGAUUUAGCUCUUUUAUUGUGCUUACUUGGUCCAAAUACGUCUAUACAGUGUUUUGUCGUUUCUCCCUGAACACAUCAUAGUUUUCAACGGGCCAAACUGCCCAUGAGGCUCUUCAGAGCUCAUGGACGGUCUCUUUUUGGAAGCUGCGGCCUGGCGGAACACCCCCAUUCCAGGGUCUCAUCUGUCUCCAGUCUGGCUCAGUCUUUAUUUCCAACGCUAGCCAUGGUCCUGUGCAGUCAGGUUCUCAGCUUGACUUGUUUAGGACUGUCAGAAACGGUUAUACGUGGGUGAAAUAAGAUCUGACAGCUCUUAUUAUACCUUAUCUUACUGAAUUCUUAAACUUUGAACCAGUUCUUCCACUUACUGACUUGUUAUCAUUGCUGAUUUUCUGAAAAGUUUUCCACAAAGGUUUUUGUUUUUUUUGUUUUUUUUGGUUUUUUUCAGUAUGGGUCUAGAAUCCUUAGUCUGACUUGGUAAGAAAAAGUAUUAUAUUUUUAAUAAAUCAUUCAUAGCGCUGGUAAAAA